UACAGUGAAUAUAGUGAAUCUUUGUUGACUGCCGUCAAAGCUAAAGAUCAGUAUGGUCCCGUUUUGCAACAACCCUCAGAAAAUCCUCUGAAAAAUCCAAAAUUAGGUAAAACUCGUUUUUAUUUGGUAACUGAGAUUCAACAGCUCUUCCGAGCGCGCCAAAUGCUGGUUCCAUCGUCCCCGUGGACAAAACCAAUUGGUAAUGAGAAGUUGAUUCUGCCAAAGAAAGCCCCGACUAUGCCCAAACCGACAUGGCAUCCACCUUGGAAACUUUGUCGGGUUGUCAGCGGACAUACGGGAUGGGUGCGUUGUGUGGCGUUUGAUCCUACAAACGAGUUCUUCGUCACCGGCGCUGGAGACCGCAUGAUAAAGGUGUGGGAUUUCGCAAGUGGAACGUUGAAAUUAACACUGACUGGUCAUAUUAGUGUUGUCCGGGGAGUGGUGAUCAGCUCUCGUCAUCCUUAUCUAUUUUCUUGUGGCGAAGACAAAACCGUUCGUUGUUGGGAUUUGGAACAAAACAAGGUUAUCCGACAUUAUCAUGGUCAUAUGUCAGCCGUGUACGAUAUUGAUCUGCAUCCGACGAUCGAUGUCCUUGUUACAUGCGGCCGAGAUGCAACAGCACGUGUAUGGGAUAUGAGAACAAAAGUUAAUGUACACACUUUGAGUGGGCACUCGAACACUGUGGCCACAGUUCGGUGUCAAGAAUCUGAUCCGCAAGUGAUUACCGGUUCACACGAUGCCACCGUUCGCCUUUGGGAUCUCGCUGCUGGUCGUACAAUCACGUGUUUGACGAAUCACAAGAAGAGUGUCCGCGCCUUGGCGAUUCAUCCCACUCAAAACGCAUUCGUCUCUGGUUCCCCGGACAAUAUCAAGCAAUGGAAGCUCCCAGAGGGCGUAUUCCUGCAGAAUAUGUCCGGUCACAAUGCAAUUGUCAACGCUUUGGCUAUGAAUCAGGAUAGCGUGGUUGUCAGUGGUGGUGAUAACGGAAGUAUGUACUUCUGGGAUUGGAAGUCUGGAUAUAACUUCCAACGUUUACAAGCCCAAGUUCAACCUGGCAGUAUCGACUCCGAAGCAGGUAUCUUCGCGCUCGCGUUCGAUCGUAGUGGAUCUCGCUUGGUUUCAUGCGAGGCAGACAAAACAAUCAAGAUAUUCAAAGAAGAUGAGAAUGCGACGGAAGAGACGCAUCCACUGUACUGGAGACCGGGUUUACUCAAAAAACCAAAGUACUGA